AUGACCACUUUGGACGAUAAACUUCUUGGUUUCAAGAGCCAGAACUACGUGUCGAGUUCUGAGAGUGAAGGAGAAGAGGGUGAUAGAAAUAUUUCUGAAGAAGACAAUAGAGACGAUGUUAUAGACAUUGGUGGCAUUGCUGCACCGCCAGAUUUUCGCCUUGAAGUGCCCAAGGUGAGGCUACAAAUCUUUGAUUUCAUUGAUUAAGUGAUAUCUCCUUUUUUCUGAUGUUCAUGAUGUCUUUAAAAAGGUCAUAUCUGGUAUAUUUACGGCGUACCAAGAUCUUGCUAAAAACAUUUCAGUAACCUUCCUGUAACCUUGUCAUGACAAGUUGAUUGCUGUCUUUAACAGUUCAUUCUUCAAUGCUGAAAAACUAUAAUGUGUUAUCAUCCCCCCCCACCCUUUAGUACCCCUCCCCCAGGGCUGUCAACCCCCCCCCCCCGUCUUUAAAUAUUGAGAAUCAAUAUAUCGAUAGGGAACUAAGGGAGGGACAAUAGAUGACGUCAUCGUGCAGGACACAUGACGCCACUUGUCAAAAAAAUACUCGUUGACUCAGAUCGCCACAAAAUUACGAUGGCUCAAAACUCGCGAAAAAGGUAUUUGUUACUUCCCAUCAAUCAUAUUAUUAUAAAGUUACAAUGGCAUACCAAAGUUUAUGUGAAAAUGUUUGAUGAUCAUGUUAACAUUAAAGUACCUCAAACAAUGCAAAAUAGCUGAAACUCUAAGUAUUGUCGAAAAGUUUUCACACUCUAAUCUGGAGACCUGGCGAUAGAGUCCAAAAUCUGGAGUCUCCCAGAUUAUCCGGGAGGGUUGAGAGCACUGCCCCUAUCUUUACCCUGGAAUUUACCACAGGUCAAAAGCAGAGACCAAGCCAACCUCAGGAAAUCUUAAAUCUGGAGACUUUCUAUUUUGCACUUCCCCUCUUCCCUGCGAAUAUCAACAGCCCCACAGACCCCCAACCCCCCUUCCCCGCCCACAAGUUGACCCAGCCACCUUGGCUUAGGCCAUUAUGUGAAGUCGUAAAUGAAGUACAUGCUAUCAAAAUUUGCUUUCAUCAUUGUAAUGAUGAAAUAAUCUUUGUCGCUUUCUAAAUACGUGCAAAAAUGUUCUGGAAACUGUAAAAUGAAUAAAAAGUUUGAAUUUUGAGAAAAAAUGGGCCAAAUUUCAAACUAAAGCACAGAAAAGCUCAGGGGUCCAUUUUAUCCAGGAGAUUUGGUGACCCAUACGGGAGAGCAGGAAAUCAGUGCUGUAUCCAGGAGGCUCCAUGAUAAUCCAGGAGAGAUGGCGUAUUUUAUAAAAGUAAAUCUGGGUCCAAUCAUCAGUCAGAGGAGUCCAGCAACCCCUGCACUAGCACUGUCUACCUCAUGGUGUUUUCACAGCUAGCAGUCAACACAAUUUGAGUACUUUUUUCCUUAAAAGUGGAAGUUAUCUGUUCCAUAUGUGUGCACAUCAAUACCAGUAGGUUAAUAUGUAAAACCCAAAAAAUGAUAAUAAUAAUAAUUUCAUGAAAAUGCCCAAUGUACCAUUUUCUGUACUGUGAUUUUUGCUGAUUAGUUUUAAGCUUAUGCUUAAGCAAUAGUCUAAAUUUUUUACCAACUCAUUCUAAAAUAAAUGGGCCUGACAUGUGUUCAAAGGGCUUGCUCACUCUGGGUUAUGAAGGGACAAUAAUUUGUUGGGGGGGAGAGAUAGUUACAGAAGGUUUUUUUAUAAAGAAAAUUAAGGUUUUAUUGUUUUUGAAUUUUUUUUGCAGACAGGACCCAAAGGUGUCAUUCAGGAUUAUCGUCGCUAUAAACAGCUGGAAACUGAACAGAGGAAAGAGAAAGAAAAGGAAAUGAAAAAGUUGGCUGAAAAGUUUUCAGUUUCUUGCCAGAGUAGUGUAAGUUGGUUAGUUUUUAUUAUUUAUAAUUCAACAAAAUACUUCUGUUUUCCAGAAAAUAAAAAAAGGAAAGAAAAGGAAGAAAGGGAAAAGCCACAAUAACCUAAACCUGGUUUAGAUUAUGAUGACAAUAAUAAAAUUAGAAAUAUUAUUAUUGCUCAAAACAUCAGUUUUUGCACUUAUUUGUGGUCUUCAGAUUGUUUAUUCUUAUACGUUUUUGUGAAACAAUGAAAAUGGGAUUGAUAGCUUCAUUACCUUAGUUACCUUCAUGAGCCACACAAAUAAACAAAUAAUGUCAGCUGUGUUUCCCGGAGGCUGUCCUUCUGGACCUUUUCUUUCUUCAUCCACCUGUGACCUUUUUUUUUUGUUUGUUUGUUCUCAUUUUUGAAAUAUAGCUGGAUGACCAAAGGGAAAAAGAACUUUUGAAAGAGCUGGAGCUUGACACAGAUGAGUUUAUUCAACAAUAUCAUCUUCAGAGACUAUUACAACUAAAACAAGAGCAGGAACGGAGACUAAAACUUUCCAGGUUUUUCAUUUAAUCUGUAACUGAGCAAGCUAAAAAUUAUUUUUCAUCAUUGAGUUGUUAGACAGCUUGAUUGAACAAACCGCCAUCCGGUUACCUUGGUUGGAUAAGCGCUGGUCUGCCAGGUGGGAGGUUCAAACCCUGGCCGGACCAACACUCAGGGUCUUGAAAUAACGGACUGAGAAUGUGCUGCCUUUAGACAUUCUAGUCUUCUCGGAUAAGGACGAAAAACCAUAGGCCUCAUGUCACACCUCUUUCACUGUUCUGAUUCUUGUGGGACAUAACAGAGCCCACGCUACUGUUUCUAAAGAAUAGGGGAUGUUGUCCCUGGCCAGUGGUGUGGUACAAAUUUUCAUGGGCUGGGUGGGUAAUGAAGGGGUAAUAUAAAUUGGGACGUUAGUCCUGUUUCAUCCCCUGUCACCAUGUUGAGUCACAGUGGUGAAUUUCAAAAAAUUAUUUCUUUGGACAUACACAAAAGAAAUGAACUUCUCCAGCAAACUCUUAUGCCUUUCUUUUCAGACCUAAAUUUGGACAAGUACUACCAUUACAAGGCAAACAGCAGUUUCUAGAUGCCGUGGAUAAAGAAGACCCCAAUAUUGUGGUAGUGAUCCAUCUUUAUAGCGAUGAUGUUCAAAGCUGCAGAGCAAUGAAUGGCUGUCUACAGUGCUUAGCUCAACAAUACUCGCUGGUAAGUAAUCAUGCCUUUCAUCAGUAGUUGUAUAUUGUCAAAUCCACUGUACAAUAUACGAGGAAAAAUAAGACGCGUCUUACAUAAGACGUGUCUUAAAUAAGACGCGAACUGUACCAUUUAUACGAGCGUGUCUUAUCUAAGACGAGAACAGCUCGUAUAAAUGGUUUGCGUCUUAUUUCUGUUCUUGACUCGUUUUCAUGUGAAUGUUGCCAGUAGCAACAGCAAUCCAACGUGGCGCGCCAAAAAUUAACGCAUGUGUACUAUGCGUUUGCAUCUUAUGUAAGACGCGAAGGUCAUUUAUACGCAGUUUUUCUCGUCUUAGCUUCGUCUUAGCUUAGCCGCGUCUUAUUUUAGACGAAAUGUGCUGUUUAUACAGAAAGCUCGCGUCUUAUUUAAGACGCGUCCCAUGUAAGACGUGUCUUAUUUUUCUUGUAUAAAUGGCCCUAAUGUUAGGUUUAUGGUGUUUCACAGCUGUGACAGGAUCUGUUUAUUACCACUCUUGUUCGCUGGACUUGAAGUAAUAAUGUACAUACUUUCUUUUAUAUCUUGAGCUGAGUUAAGGCACCAGUUGAUUGCAAAAACAGCAAAGGGGAAUCCCCUUAAAAUGGGGAUUCCUCUAAAAUAUGAACUUAUUAUUUGUUUAAAGGAAAGUUGCAUGUCAUAGGAAACGUCCUUAAGUGGGUAUCUUCUUUUUGCAGAUGACAUUUUUUGUUCAUGGAUCUGCAUCCUAUGGGAAUCCCCCUUUCUAUAUUUUUUAAAAAAACACAAUGCUCUGUGUGCCUACUCAAGUAAUGGAGCCUUCUGAUGUGGGUUUAUUUCACCCAAAAGCAAGCUGCACUGGAAAUGAUGUGGUUAUAAUUUUGUGUUUCUGAACAACUGCACCCUUCUUCUGACUUUAUUGGAAAAAGAAAACUACUGUGGUUGAUUUUCACAACUAACAUGCAUAUGUUUGCUAUAUUGUUAUUUUAGGUAAAAUUCUGUAGGAUUUUUGCUGAUGAUACUGGAAUCAGCAGACAUUUUGUAAGUUCAGUAAUCACAGUAACAACUCUAAACCAACAGGAACUCAUCAAGAGCUUUAUCAGUCUACUAUGUACAGAGGGCCCAAUAUAGAGCCUUGUGGCAUGCCGAACACAACUCUUUCUUUGUCUGAUCUUCUGUCAUCCACCUGCACGUAAUGAUCGAUACUCACUACUUGAUAAGUAGUUUAAUAUCAGUAUAAGGAACUCUUAUUUUCAGACAUGUGUAACUUCCCCUUUAGUGGAAUAAAUUUUUUUGUCUAAGGAAACAACACAAUGGUAAGGCUUUAAACCUGUUAUCUGCUCAGCCACCACUCCUCCUCCAAGCAAGGUUAAAACCAUAACAUCUAGACAAUGUUUAUAUAUUCUUAACAGUGCUAAUUUUUCUGUCUCUUUAUUUUGUUUAUUUUCUCUUUGGUGUCAGAGAAAAGAGGGCCUUCCUGCUUUACUUGUUUACAAAGGUGGACAAAUGGUCGGAAACUUUGUCAAACUUGAAGACACAUUUGGUGAAGAUUUUUAUGCUGUUGAUGUAGAAAGCUAUUUAAUUGAGUAAGUAUACCCCAAUUCAAAUUUAGCUGAAGAGUGUUGGCAUGGCAGCACCAUAGCUAGUAACUACUUGUUGGCGUUGCGGUCACUGCAAUCCCUAAAUCACUUAAUACGAGAGAUUGAAGAAACACUGAACAGUACCACAUGAGCACAGGCAAGCGAAAUGAGACCAAGAAACACUCCUUUUGACUUAGGUCGUAUUUUUUUUUGUUUAAUCUCUUGACUAAAUAUUUUUUUCAUGUUUACAAUGGCAGGUAGUUUAGUUCUCCUAUGUUAGGUGGCUCAGUUCCCCUAAGUCAAAAGGAGUGUUUCUUGGUCUUGUUUCGCAUUCCUUUAUAGACAUCCUUGUUUGCCUACAGCCCAGCUGUAAUAUCAGUUAGCCACUAACUACUAAGACAAUCGUUUGAAGUUUGAGAAUCUUGCUUCAGAAAAGAUCCAUCCCCCCACGGAGAAUUAAUUAGUUUGACGCGGCCCCACCCCCAACCAAACCCUCUUGAAAUUUCUGUUCAAGUUGUAGCCUACAAAAACAGCAGUCUCUCAGGCCAUGCACAUGAUGUUGGUGACCACAUUUUUGUAAAAAAUGGUCUAAUGCUACAUUGAUCUACAUUAACUGUUACAGUUACUCUCAACUUGUGUAUAAAAACUUUAUUUUCUGCAUGAAUGCUCUGCAGUCAAUGUGCAUGACAUUGUGUACAUUCUCUCUGCAUAAAGCUUUAAAUAUUUAAUGAAAUAAAUUUUUUGUCCACGAAAUGUAGUGUAGUUAAAAGGUGCCAUUUUGCCCUACUUUUCACUAAAAAUUAUAAAGUUUUGAUCUCAUUCACCUCUACAAUAAAACUGUAUUGACCAGAAUAAACAAGGCUUCUAGAGAUGCACAUAUACCAAAGUUUCUUCUAAGUUUAAAAUUUAUCGAUGAAUUUUUGUGGUUAUUGAAUAAAAAACACCUUUUUAGUGUUAGACAAAAUUUUCAAUGCACCAAAUUGCCAGAGUGCACAAUCCAUUAUUGUGCAUCGAGGCUUGAUUAUUCUUCGUCACUUGUGCAUCGUGCCUUUGUCCUUGAGGCACCAUUUAAACACAGUGAAGGCUCCUUUUAAGCACGAUGAAGGCACCAUUUAACCAUUAUAACUCAUUUAAGCAUGAAGGGAGAGGCACAAUGAUAUAUGGAUAAUUGUUUGAAAAAAGCUUGAUGAAAGCAGACUUAACGUUCGAUAAAGGCAUCAUGAAGUAACUUUCUAUGCACAAUCAAUGGAGUUCAGGCUCAAUGCACAUUUAUCGGCUUCUUAUGCAUGAUGGCAAAAUUUGAUCUAUUUUGUUACAGCUGUGAUCACCAACAUGGUGCACUGAGCCCUCCUUGCACAUAAGUCCCAAGUAGCAAAGGGCAAGAAGAGAUUGACGGCUGUUUUUGCAGGCUAUUUAGGCUGAUACUUUGCUUUUAAAAUUCUGGCCUUACAAGCCCUCCUCUUGCUUGGAAUUUCCAGCAUUGACCUUCCAUUGGGUAGGCAAGGAUGGUUUCUUGAACUGCACGUUGGAAAUAACCUUUCCAACGGGAUCCCCUUUUUUUAGGGGAGUGCUUAAUUUUUAUUUAUCUGGUGUCAAUUCUUCACAUAGAAAUCUCUCUUCUUACAGGACUUAUUUUGUCUGCUUCCUUAGCACUACAUUAAACAAGUAUUGAACAUUUAUAUGUGUGGGAUAACGGGCUACAUCACAUAGGGCUUUAUAAUUUCCUUGCAUUCCUCUGUUAAGGUCCUGCUGUUCUUAAGGCAACUUCUCUUAGAUGUUAUUUUCCUAUAAGCUGAUUUAGGUUGUUUUUGUUUACCUCAGCUGACAUUGAUAUUUAACUUUUAUUCCUUCUAGAAAUGGCAUUUUAACGGAGGAAUUAGAAUGCCAGCUAACAACAACAGUAGAGCCUAAAAAGGAAGAUGACAGUGAUAGCGAUCUGGAUUUGGAUUAAAGUCAUAAGUUUCUGUAAAACCACUGUGAUCUUGUGAAACAGUAUUGUACUCCACAUAGUUUCCUUCUAAAUCGUGCUAGACUUUAGGAGUAUUUUUGGAGUAAUAGAAUAAUGAAACCAAAUCAUUUUCCAUUAAGAGUGAAGGCAUAGCAAAAACAAUAAAGGCCCCAAGUUGCUGCUUAUCUAAACCCUUUUAUAAGCUAUUGGAGCUUUUAAAUUCCAUGCACCGCACCUAAUUUGAUUUUUAAUGACAUCACUAAUAAUAAUAAAAAAAUAUAAUAAUAUAUCAACUCAUUUUCACUUCUUUUAUGUAAAAAAAUAAAAUACGUCUACAAAGUUUUUGUUAAGUGAAAUACUAGUCCAUGUACAUUUUUGCUAUUCUUCUUGAUUGUUUCAAUUCAGCCUCAUUAAGAAUGAGUUAAUCUCACAUACUUGGAUUUUAAACAUUUGACAAUACAAAAAAAGCACAAUGCUUAAAUCUGAGCAGUGCUUUAGAAACAACAAUAGGUAAUUCUUCAAAUCUUCCAUUUUUUGCACAAUCAUUCUUUGAAACGAAUACAUUAUGGUUGUCUUUUUUAGUACCAGAACAAUACACUUUCUUCCAGGCUGCAUUUUUUUAGGAUGUAGGUAUUGUCAAAUAUCUGCAGGCAUGUGUAAAAAUGAAGGGAAAUACCAAAAGAAUAACGUAUUAUUAUAUAUUCAUGCUGUAGUUCUUGACACAAUGAAACUCAUCAGGUAAAAAUGGUUUCAACAUAGUUUGAUUCUCAAUUUCCUUGGUGUCGUAAUAUUUAAGAAACAAAGAAAAUUGA